GAGUUUGUGUGUGGUUCUUCUUUAACGGGAGUUACUUUCAUAAUGUCUGGCAGUAGGAAGCCCAGGUCGGUGGCAAACCCUUUGGAUUCGGCUAUCACUACACCAAGCGAACGAAUAUUGAGAGAAUGCCACAAUCUGUAUAUCGACAGCGACAACGGCCUGGUGAAGAUAGCCAGCAGCCUGGGCCUCCGGCUCCUUCCUCCUCGGAAGAAAAUCAUUGUGAUGAUAAUGGGGAACCACUCUGCAGGGAAGAGCUCCUUCAUUAACUGGUACGUGGAAGAGCACAUUCAGAAAACGGGAGUGGCCAUCGAGACGCAAGGCUUCACCUUCGUGACCAGCGGGAGAAAAAGGGAGUCGUUGACGGGCAAUGCGACGCUGCACCUGUACCCCCAUUUCCGUCCCCUUUUGGAGUUUAAAGGUGUCACCGACUACGUCUCCGCUGAGAUCUCCACCUCCAAGCAGAAGAAGUUCAGCCUGGUGACGUUCGUGGACACGCCGGGCCUGGUCGACGGUGACAUGGUCUACCCCUUUGAUGUGAACAGCGCCAUCAUCUGGUUCGGUGAGCAGGCGGACCUGAUCUUCGUCUUCUUCGACCCCAUGGGCCAGGCCCUGUGCAAGCGCACGCUCAACAUCGUGGAGAAGCUGAGCGAGAAGUGCGGGGACAAGCUCUUCUUCUACCUCAGCAAGGCGGACGAGGCCGGCCGGGAGACGGACAGGCAGAGAGUGAUGAUGCAGAUUGUUCAAGAGCUGUGUCGGAGGCCAGGCCUGAACAAAUGUGGUUUUGAGAUGCCCACCAUAUACAUCCCUAACCCACAAAAGCCCAGCCGGUGCGAGAACCAGAUCGAGGGAGUCUGUCAGACCAUCGAGAAGACCAUCAACCAGGCCGUCCAGAAAACCCUGGACCAGCUGGAGAAGGACUGCGACCUCAUCUGCUCCACCGUCAGCAGCAAACUGGCCCAGGACAGGGUGGACGUGAGCUACAAUAGGACGGCCCGCAUGCGCUCCUUCCUCUUCGGCACGCUGGGCGUCCUGCUGCCCACCCUCAUCAUCCUCAGCUUCGUGGUGAACGCCCUCGCUCAGGAGGAGCUGGAGGGGCUGGUGGGGGAGGGGCUGGCCCGGGCCUUCUCUCUGUCUGCGGCGGCGGUGGUGAUCGUCUGGGAGUGGAUACCGGAAGACAGCCAAAUUUUGUUCGUGAUCUUUUUCGGAGCCUUCUGCUACCUCUUGGUAUUUCUCGCCAAAUAUUUCGCAAGCCGGGGCAACAGAACCCUCACCAAGAAGGAGAAGAGGAGCCUGGCGAAGUUCAACGACUACAUCCAGGACGUGGUCAGACCCAGAAAGGGGGAACUGUACGAAGAAUACCUCCAACAGUGCGCGGCUGAGUACGACUUCUGAGAGCUGACCGGCCAAUCACACGGAGGAGUCUCUCGCGGCCGAACUGACCAGUGCCUGCUUCUGUUUAUGGGUUAGGAAACUUUACCUGUUCGCUGGUAUGUGCUGGUACACUGUAUGGCCAAAUACAGAUGCUUUUGGUCACACAGUGUAUGUGGUCAUACGGUCAGAGGGCAUUCUUUGGAAAGCUUCUGCUCUACUGGACUCUACUGGAUUGAUUGUAAAGACAACCGUCAUAUUGUGACUUAACUCCUGAUGGUAUGUCUCGAUUCUCCUUUUUACUUUUGUUUUCUUACAAAGAUCACAGUUUACCUGGGAUUGUUUCACAGCGGUGGGGGUGGGGGGGGGGGGGACACCUAAGUGCCUUAUAUACGUCAGUGAAAUAUGGAGAUGAAAGUCUUUGUGGUGGGUUAUCAAUGAUGAUAAAUCAGCAGCUAACUUUUUUCUGUUUUUUUUUUUUUUUUUUUUAAAUCAUGAAACACAGUAAGGAGCUGUUAAUAUAUCUUAAAACCACUUUACAAUUUACAGUACAUUUCAUUUUGUGGAUGCUUUCAUCAAAGCAACAUACAAAAGUCCAUUUCACAUGGCAAGCAAAUUUCACUUGGUAAGCCACCGGCGACUGGCAAAAAGUAAAGUCAUUUCACUGCCAUCAUCACACUGUUUGACUCAAGAUGAGGAGAGAUGAGGGUUAUAUUUUAUCUAUAUUUUAAUUAAAACAUUGAGAUGUAGCGUAAACUGGUGGCUUUUUAGAUGCUCCUCAAAUAUUUCUUCCAGCGACUCCAUGAUCUCCUGCCAUCGCCGCCCAUUGUUCCAGUAAUGUGUGCUCGCCAUCCAGGUGCAUCCGUAACCCUUUGACUGUGUUUUGCGUUUGUGAAGUCCUUUCGUGAUUUGUAUUUAAGCCGGGUGCUAUUUUAGCGGCGAAGGGGUCUGCAGCACAGAAGUUCGGGGUUCGGGGUUCAGGGGCGGGGUACACGUCGCGCGCGGUAUUCGUUCAGGGCCAGGACGCCAUUUCCUCAGCAGAAAGAACAUUCCGGGCCCAGCCAUUGGGCCCAGGGGAGUUAUUUCUGCCCCGCAGGCUCCAGAAUCAGUGGGGCUGCAAUGCGUGAUGUAUGCUCAGGACAUUUUCAAUAUUUCCCUUUUACCAUCAAUAUUGCAGUAUUGAUUUUAUUUAAUUUUAUUUUUCUGGUCUGAAUGAGUCAGCACUUCACGACUGCCUGGAUAGAUAUAAUAUUACAUAAGCAGUUGUGCUAAUAUGACCUUAUGUUGUCUAGCAAGCAAUCACAUACCUAGGUAGCUAAUGGCAUUUAGUCUUAAAAAGGUUGUUUGUGCUUCAGUGUUUUACUUCUAGAAAUCCAUCUACCUGUUUCUGACAUGAGUAUAUUUAGUAACGGUCUGUUUUGUGGCAGGCUAGUGUUAGCCAGUGUGGCAGAAUGAAAGAGAAUAGCGCUCUAGAAUGGUGCUUGCUGUGUCAGGUGCCCUGACCACAAAUGGAAGUAGACACACUGCCAUAGGCUUAAGGGAGAUUUUAUUAAUAGGACAGAGUAAUGUUGCAGAGUAAGUUAGUGUCGUAUAUUAAAAUGACCUCGUAUGUUUGAGAGGCACUUUAAUUUCAUUUAAUCGCAGUUAUUGUAAAUUUAGUAGCGUGUGCAGUGGUUAACAUAUUGCCUAUGUUGAGUCUGGCCGUGAGAAUCACAUCAUCACAUGACCCGUCGGCGCAUUGUGAUUGGAUAGCAGCUGCCAGGCCCUCGAUGCAUGCUUUGUGGGUUGCAGACCUACACACUGGUGAAAUGGGCACUACAUAGCACUUGAUAUAUAUCCUGUUUAAAAUGAUUGUAACUGACACGGGUCCCGUCGGUACUCCUCAUGUACGUCCAAAAAUGUUGUGGCGUCCAGUUCUCUGGCUGUUCUCUUGAACGAUAGUCUAGCCGUCAGCUCCAGUCUCGUAGGUUUUGAGUACGGGAGGGAGCUACAGUGACAUUUUGUAGAAUGAAGAUGGGUCUCGCAUUGCUGAAAAGCAUCAUCCUCGUACUGCAGCAAGAUGGAAAUAGGCCCCACACAGUGAGUGCCCUCUCAAUAGUCAGUGUUUUUUUCAUCCUGAUAAAAAUGUGUAGUGUACGUAUAUAUUGUGUUUGAUGUGUUGACUUAUAUGCUGUGAAAAAUGGAAAUGAGGUUUAUAUUUCUAAUGUACUGUGACGUCGUGCACUCCUACAUUAUGGACUGUGUAUCCUGCAUAGUGUUUAGGGUUCUCUUUGAUACACCAUGAAGCUGGUUGUAAAACGUGGAUGGUGCCUUCAGUUAAGUAAUUUUUGGGGUUGAUAUGCCAUAGCAAAACAGCCUCCAGAAGCUUGUUUUGUUCUCCUUUAUGAAGAAAACUCCUGCCAAGGAAGACUUUUAAUACAGUUAAUGGCUGUAAUACUCUUAGCUUAACUAAUUGCUACUCUGGAUGCAGACUCAGUGAAAAUAAUCUGUGUAGCUGUGCAUGUAGUGGUAUUUUACACCAAUCUCUGUGUUUUUAACCAUCUCUGACUGCAAGAUUAUGCAGGUAUUUUUGCAGAUAUGAUGCCUGUUCUGACUCUGUCAAACUGUUUUUAAGCUUUUCAUUUUUGAAAAAGAAAUUGUGCAAAUCUAUUUUUCUCAUCAGAAGUAUAAUUCCUUUUUUUAUUAAAAAAAAAAAAGAAGCACUUUAUACUUUGUUCUAUGUAACCUCUUCUUAAGCUGUAAAGUCUUCCUACAGAACCUGGCUGAACAGAGCCCUUCAAGUGUUUGUACUCCUUGUCAAAGCAAUGUCAUUUGGUGUUCCUCGUGAACUUUCAGGCUCUUAAUAAAAAUUUUAUGAUAACUC